GCUAUCAGUUCAGUUUCUCGUGGCUGACGGUAGUGUAUAGUCAACGGCCGAAAACGUCGACUCGCAAUCCGCAAUCGGUUUUUGUGUAUUAUGUCCCCCAUUCAUAAACAAGAUCACGCACGCACGUCUCCGAUCCGAUUAACAAAACAAUAAAAAAAAAACAAACGGGAAACAAAAAACAACGCGAAAACAAAAACAGUGCGAAAGUUUUUUUAUUAUUUUUAAUUUCAUUUUCUCCCGUAAUAAUAAUAAUCUUGUGUGUCCACAUACGACGAGGAUACGAUGGAUUAAUUCUUCUUCGGCCACCGUUUUCGCCGGUGAUUGGAACCGACGACGACGUUAAAGAUGAACUGCAGCUGACCAGACGAGCCUCCGAGUCUCCGAAUCCCCGCAAUCCCUCCUCUGGCGUCCAAACGCUCGAGCUUCGAAGUCAUCUCAAGCACACUUCCAGCAUCCGAUCUCACACCACCAUCACACCCUUUCUAUAAUCUCUCGAGGUGCGAUAUAUCCCAGAUAAUCCCCUAUAGUUCGCGUCGCGUUACAAACCGCAAAUAACCACUUCACGUUCCCGCCCCCUAUGUCCCCAAAGGACUCGUCUAGUACUAUUGUUAUCGCUUCUUAGUUACCCUUCGAGUAUAUUUACCUUCAGGAAAAUUUUCAGUUCGGGACGGGUCGUUUUCGUUAUUUUAUACAUGAGAUAGGCUUAUCGCCAAGUGAUAUCACGGAACUUUGUGUGCCAUCGGACGCGUUUCGCGACCAGAAUAGAAUAUUUUUCUAUUCAAAAGAAGCGAAUCUUUUUGAAGUGUUGAAUAGGGUGGCGAUUUGAAUUGCAAAAGGCUAGCCACAACGUUGACAUCGCAAAAAAGAACUGUAUCUAAGACUGUACCAAUCAUUGUGAUAAUAUGCCACACCUCGACCCACGACGGUAACCAAACCCCCCGCCCUCGACCGCCCAAUGUAGCGACGUGUAAACGAUGGACGUCAAACGCGAAAUGAUCUACAGGGACGGUGUGCUGCUGCAGAUCAAGUCGGAGCAACGGUCACCGGGCAGCACAUCCACGGCGGGUGCCGCCGCUACGAUCCUCUUGUCAGGCGGAGGCGGUGGCGCCGCUGUUAUGACGACGAUCGGCGCUGAUGGCGCUAGCAACGGCCACCAGCAACCACACCAACAGCAGCCUCAACAGGGGCCCUGCAAUGGCCUGCUGACGACGCUGCCCAGCAGCAGCAGCUCGACGCCGGCGGCGAUCGUAGCCAACGGCGUCGUCGCCAACCUUCCCAUCAGUAACGGUAUGAACGGGAACAAUCGCGCUUUCGGCGGGAUAACCGCGGGCACGAAAAGGCCGCGUCCUGAUGAUUGGCAUAGCGGUGCUAGUCCCGGGACAAUUGGUGCGGGAAGUGUUGGAGGUCCGGCGUCGCCGCCGGUACAACAGACUUAUAUUAUGGGGAACGGGUAUCCUUCACCAGGAUCCAAUGGGAGUUAUGAUCCUUUGGACCUUGGACCGUAUAGUCCUAACGGAAAAGCAGGACGAGAAGACUUGUCACCCCCUAGUAGUUUAAACGGAUACAGCGCGGAUAGCUGUGACGCGAAAAAGAAAAAAGGACCUACGCCACGACAACAGGAAGAGUUAUGUUUAGUUUGCGGAGAUAGAGCGUCAGGAUACCAUUAUAAUGCGUUAACGUGCGAAGGAUGCAAGGGUUUCUUCAGACGGAGCAUAACGAAGAAUGCUGUGUACCAGUGCAAGUAUGGAAACAACUGCGAGAUCGAUAUGUAUAUGAGGAGGAAAUGUCAGGAGUGUCGACUGAAGAAGUGCUUGAGCGUCGGGAUGAGGCCAGAAUGCGUCGUGCCGGAAGUGCAGUGUGCCGUCAAGCGAAAGGAGAAGAAGGCGCAAAAGGAAAAGGACAAACCGAACAGUACGACGAAUGGAUCACCGGAAAUGAUCAAAAUGGAACCAGAGGUACUACAAAUUAAAGAAAAUCUCUCGGAUUCAGAAAAACUAUCACCAUUAAACGACAUAAAACCAAUUUCACCAGAACAACAAGAGCUCAUCCAACGACUAGUCUUCUUCCAGAACGAAUACGAACACCCCUCAGAAGAGGAUGUAAAAAGGAUAGUUAACACACCGAUGGAAGGUGAAGACCAGUGCGACGUCCAAUUCAGGCACAUAACGGAAAUCACGAUCCUCACGGUACAGCUGAUUGUAGAAUUCGCGAAACGGCUUCCCGGCUUCGACAAACUGCUGCGCGAGGACCAGAUCGCGUUGUUAAAAGCCUGCAGUAGCGAAGUGAUGAUGUUCCGGAUGGCCAGAAACUACGAUGUCACCUCCGAUUCGAUCCUCUUCGUCAACAACAAAGCGUACACGAAAGAAAAUUAUAGUCACGCGGGUAUCGGCGACAAUAUCGACAAUCUUUUACACUUUUGUCGGACAAUGUACCAGAUGAAAGUUGACAAUGCCGAGUACGCACUUUUAACUGCCAUCGUCAUUUUUUCAGAACGACCUGCAUUAAUAGAAGGUUGGAAAGUGGAGAAGAUUCAAGAAAUUUAUUUAGAAGCGUUACGAGCGUACAUCGAUAAAAGAAGACAACCAAAACCUGGAACAGUCUUCGCAAAGUUACUUUCAGUGUUAACGGAAUUGCGGACGCUGGGUAAUCAAAAUUCCGAGAUGUGCUUCUCGUUGAAAUUGAAAAACAAGAAGCUGCCGCCCUUCCUCGAAGAAAUUUGGGACGUCGAUACGAAAACAUAGUAGGACGCCGAAGACGCCGCGACGUCCACGCGGGACGAUUGAGACGUCGCGACGCCUGAUGAUUAUUUGAAGAUUCAAAUCGAGAACGAAGACGACGACGAGAAGAGGAACCGGAUGGCCAGAAAAUAAAAAAGAUAACCGAUUUUUUCGAGAAGAGAUUGGGCUGGCCAUCGACUCGAAGGCUGUGAAUAUUAAAUUACACGUUUUUUUUUCUUAUUUUGUACUAAUAACAUAUUAUUAUUAUUAUCGUCGCGUGGAACUUGACGAAGAAAAUACUACUACGUAUAUAGGUAGAGAAAGAAAAAGAAAGAAAGUAAGAAACUAAAAAUAGAGGUAGAAUUGAGGAGGCAACUAGAAAAAAAAUCUGUUAUAAACUGAUGAACAUAUAGUUUUAUUUAGAUAUUUAGUGACUGUACAUCUCUCCCAUUUUUUUAGUAUAUUAUUAAUUAUUAUUAUAUUAAAAAAAGAAUAAGUGAAAGAAAUCAAAGUAUACAUAAGUUUUAUAUGUGUGUAAAGUAGAGAGAAAAAAUGGAAUCGAGGUAAAAAAAUUGAAAGCAAAAAAAAUAAUGAUACCGGUGAUACCAUUUUUUGUUGUCUUUUUGUAAUGAUAUUUUAUCUGGCGUAUCGCUUACUUAAAAAGAAAAAAGGUAAGACUGGCUAGGACUGAGAACUUUAAAAAAUAUACUUUUGAGGUGCCUUCUAGUGAAAAAAAAAUCUGGAUAGAUUAUCAUCAGACUGAAGGGGGCAGGUGCAACAAAUUUUUGCAUAGAAAAAGAAAAUAAAACGAAUUUGAAUGCGAAAAUAACAAUAAAUAUAGGAAAGGAACCGACACGAAAAUAAUUAUAAAAAACGUCUCAUUAGUUUUUUUCGAGCAUUCAAUUCUUAUUUAAAAAAAACGCUUUUAUUUUUGAAACUUAGAAUCUCUAAAAGAAGAUAAAAUAAAAUUUUCGUUUUAAUUUUUUUUAAUUAAAAAAGCGAUCGAAGUGCAAUCUUAUUUACUUAAGUUAUUAUUUUUUUUUUAAUCGUCUCGCAUAAGAAAAAGUAAAAUUGAUAACAAUCCUAAGGUGACGUGCGAGAUAAUAUCACUAAAAGGGAAUAAAUAAAUUUUGUUAUUAACCGUCCGAAUAUUUGAACAACCACAACAACCCAAAAAUAAAUCAAUACCUAAAAUUAUUAAAAAGUAAAGAAUGGAAAAGCUGCUGUGCUACGAUUGGACUAUAUUAAUUGAUAAAAGGACCUUUUUCAGUGUGAAAAAAAGUGUUUCUAGUGAUUGACUAUGAAAAGAAGAAAUUGAUGAAUGAAGAAAUAUAAAAAAAGUAAAGAAGAGGUGCAAAAAAUAUAAACAGCAAAAAAAUUGGACACUCCUGCCUUUCUAUUAUUAAAAAAAAAUAUUAGAGAAAAAAAUAAGAAUGCAAAACGGACGUUUUAUGAUGACGUUUUCGCUCUUAAUGUGGUGUAGCGCGUAGUCUACUCAUUUUUAUACUGUAUACCUAGUUUCAGCGCAAUUUUUUAGAUAUUUCUGCUACUACUAGACAUUAUUACAUUACAAAAAAAACAUUUUAAUAAAUAAGGCGUUUUCUAUUGAAGAAAAUCUUUUUUGAUGAAUAUUUUGGAAAAUGAAUUUGAUCAAAAAAAACUUAAAAACAAAGGUUUUAGUGUUCAUUUUUGACCAGGUUAAAUCUAAAAAGUAAUCUUUGAAUUUAAUACACCCAAGAUUAUUGAGAUAAUAUAUUAUGAUCAUGUAGCAUUAUAAUUUUGCUUGCUUGUAACAUGAUUGUUAAUUCAUGUCAAGUUCUUUAGGAUUAUUUGGUAGAAAAUUAAUUCAAUAUAUUCAAAUUCUUGUAUAUUAUGAUGAGAACAAAUGUUUUUAAAAAGAUAUAAUAAAUUUCAUUCAGUUAUUUUA